UUAUAGAGUUCCCUACUAAUUAAAUUUAAUGUUUAAUUAUCCCACUUUCAAAUGACUUUGAUAAGUGUUGACCAGAUAUUUAGAAUAUCUGGCAAUAUCUAGCAAUAUCUAGCAACAUCUGGCAAUAUCUAUCAAUAUCUGUCAAUAUCUGGUAACCAUAGUAAGACAUUUGAGUGAAAUUUUUUGCGAGCUCAGCGUCAUUGCGGAAGUGGACAUGUUUUAUAAAUAUUCUUAAUUGGAUAUAAUUGGAAUAUUAGCAAAUUUAAAAUGGAUAACACAAUAAAAAUAAAUCCAACAAGCAUAAUUCAAAUUGGAGACUUCAAAAAUCCAAAAUUCUCCGGUUGUGUUUACAAGAAAUAUUGGGGUAGAAAGGAGUAUUUGAAUUGUGAAAAUUGGACUUCUGCUUGCAGAAAAUAUAAAUGGAUUGCAAGAGAUGAAGAAAAAGGUUACUAUUGUGUAUGUUGUGAUGUAAAAAUUUGUCUAAAAAGGCUUAAACGCCACAGCAAAUCAAUUUUACAUAAGGAAUUUUCAUCAUAUCAAUUGGAGUUUAUGGAAUAUAAAGAACUAAAUAACUCAAAUAUGCACUUAAAGAGAGAAAUUGAAUCUAAUGAUGAAGCCUCUAAUAAAAUGAGAAAUGAGUUGUUUAAUUUUAAUGAGUUUCUAGAUUUCAUUUGGUAUCAGUGGUUAAAAAGUUAUUACUGGCUCGAACGGGUUGAAGGAACAAUUGGUAUGUGCAAGUUUUGCUUAAUUAAAAUAAAUUGCAAGUAUAUUCACUUGCGAGAACGCCACCAAAGAUCCCAAGCACACAAAGACGCAGUUAAAUUGAAUGGAUCGGGAGAGGAGAAUGGCGUCUUUACUAUGAAUAAUUGGUUGUUAACUCUAACUAAUUUUAAAGAACAGAGCUAUUGUGUGCUCUGUGAUAUUUACAUAAAAUCAAUUUAUUUUAAACAUCACACUAGAGGAUGUAAUCAUACGAAAUUUCUAACAUUAAUACACAAGGAUCAAUCGAUAGUAAAUGAAACUGCAGAAAAAAUAAAGAAUGAGACUUUGUUCAUAAUUAAUAGUAAAACUUAUUCGUGUAUUAGUGACGAGUUACGAAAGAAGUAUGAUUGGGUUUCUUAUGACGGUCAAAAUGCAUUGAUGGCAUUUUGCAAAGUUUGUAAUAAGAAUAUUACUCUCCCUUGGUCUGAAACUAAGUUGAAGUUACAUGAAAAAAUUGCUCAUGGAGAAUACAGAACGAACAUAUAUAAAAAUUACGUGGAAAGUUCUCAAAGAAUUGAGGAAUGCGAAGAGAAUGUGUACCAAACAAAACGUAUGCAUCGUACAAAAGAAAAUAUGAACACUAAACGUGCAAAAUACGCUGAAGACACGCAAUCAAACAAUGAUGAAGACGAAUCAGAAUCGGAUACACUCGUAUCAACUAGAAAUACAUAUGACUUAUUUUUUAGAAGUGUAAGCGAAACUGUCAAAAGGAUACCCAGAUUUUUGGCAGUGGAAGCUAAACUGACCGUCUCGAAAAUCAUCUAUGAUCUCGAGAUGCGUGCAAUGAGGCGGUUAUAGUCAUUUUUAUUUAUAUAAUAUAAGUCAACACCUUGACUAUUUAUCCACAAUUUGUGUUAAUAUAUAAAUCAGAUGUUCCGUUUUGAAAUUGAAUUCAAUAACUAUUAAAUUAAUUAAUUACUUAAUAAAGUAAGAAUGUUUAAAACUUUUCCAUAUCUUUA